AUGAAUCAAAUUAAUCAUUUUAUUGAUCAUUAUCAAUCAUCAUUAAAUGAUUUCAAUAUUGAUUUAUUGGAUCAAGAUCAUAUCAAAUCGAAUAUGAAUACAAAUAGUAGUGAAUUUAGUUUAAAUGAUGAAAAUGAUAAUGAGAAUAUAGAAAAAUUCAAUUUUAAUAAAAGUCAAUCAGUCAUUGAAUUACAUCAUCAUAUUGAUAUGAUUAAAACAAGAACUGGAAAGUAUUUCAAUCAUAAUAAUAAUAAUAAUAAUAAUAAUCUAUUACAUAAUAUAGAUCAGAAUAGAAAUGGAUCAAAUACAAUGAUAUCGAUGAAUAAUGAUUGGUUUAUCAAUCAAUUCUCUAAAUCAUAUAAUCAAUCAAUAAAAACAUUGAAAUCAAUCAAUAUCAAUAAUCAAUUGAUUACCAAUGAUAUAAUGAAUAAUAAUAAUAAUAAUGGUGAUAUAAAGCAUGAUCAUAAUGAGCAGGAAACUUUGGCGAAUUCUCCAGUGCAUAGUAACUGUAGACUUGUGAAGGAAUUAGAUGAAAAUAAUAAUAAUAAUGACGACGAAUUACAGUCACCUUUAGAGGAUAAUCAACAUGAUUUAUCUUCAUUACAAGCUACAUCUGCAUUGGAUACUAUAGAAACGGAUUCUUAUUUACACACAAAUAAUAAUAUACCUAAACAGGAAAUUUCCACAGUUCAACCGUCAACAUGUUCAAAAGACUUGUCUCAAUCACCUUUGAAUAAUUUUAAUGAACCAGAAGAAAUAUGCUAUAUUGUAGAUGGUGCACUUUCAUCAGCACAAGAUACAAAUAAUUACUCAGCUAUUACAACAGUAACACCAUUAAAUGAAAAUAUAUAUUAUCAAAAUGGUUUUGAUGCAGAAUCGGAAGGUUGUAGAAGUAGUGUUAUAAUGGAUGAAAAUUGUGGUAAUUUGUUGUUUUUUGUUUCUUAUAAAAUGCACUUUGUUUUUAAUGAGAAACUAUUUAUUUAUGUGUAUUAUUUAUAUAAUAGUUGA